AUGUGUGGGCAGAUGGAAGCCCCAGCGGUGCUCAGCUCCUUCCUGCAUGAGGUGGAUGUGGAGGACGUGCUCCCCAAGCGGUCCCCGUCCACCGCCACGCUGAACCUGCCCAGCCUGGAGGCCUACCGCGACCCCUCCUGCCUGAGCCCCGCCAGCAGCCUGUCCUCCCGCAGCUGCAACUCCGAGGCCUCGUCCUACGAGUCCAGCUUCUCGUACCCAUACGCGUCCCCACAGACGUCCCCCUGGCAGUCCCCCUGCGUGUCCCCCAAGACCACAGACCCCGAAGAGGGCUUCCCCCGCGGCCUGGGGGCCUGUGGCCUGCUCGGGUCCCCGCGGCACUCGCCCUCCACCUCCCCCCGCACCAGCAUCACUGAGGAGAGCUGGCUGGGGGCCCACACGUCCAGGCCCUCAUCCCCCUGCAACAAGCGCAAGUACGGGCUCAAUGGCCGGCAGCUGUCCUGCUCCCCGCACCCCUCGCCCACGCCGUCCCCGCAGGGCUCGCCGCGGGUCAGCGUGACCGACGACACGUGGCUGGGUAACACCACGCAGUACACCAGCUCCGCCAUCGUGGCCGCCAUCAACGCCCUGAGCACCGACGGCAGCUUGGACCUGGGUGAUGGCGUCCCGCUCAAGGCCCGCAAGACCACGCUGGACCACUCGCCCGCGGUGGCGCUCAAGGUGGAGCCGGCGGGCGAGGACCUGGGGGCCACGCCGCCCACGCCUGACUUCCAGCCCGAGGAGUUUGCGGCCUUCCAGCACAUCCGCAAGGGCGCCUUCUGCGACCAGUACCUGUCAGUGCCGCAGCACCCGUACCCAUGGGCCCGGCCACGGUCCCCCGCGUCCUACACCAGCCCAUCCCUGCCGGCUCUCGACUGGCAGCUGCCGUCACACUCAGGACCCUACGAGCUGAGGAUCGAGGUGCAGCCCAAGUCCCACCACCGCGCCCACUACGAGACGGAGGGCAGCCGCGGGGCCGUGAAGGCAUCAGCCGGGGGUCACCCCAGCGUGCAGCUGCAUGGCUACAUGGAAAGCGAGCCGCUCACCCUGCAGCUCUUCAUCGGCACGGCAGACGACCGGCUGCUGAGGCCGCACGCCUUCUACCAGGUGCACCGGAUCACAGGCAAGACCGUGUCAACCACCAGCCACGAGGCCAUCCUCUCCAACACCAAGGUCCUAGAAAUCCCACUGCUGCCGGAAAACAACAUGCGCGCCAUCAUCGACUGUGCUGGGAUCCUGAAGCUCAGGAACUCCGACAUCGAGCUGCGCAAGGGGGAGACGGACAUCGGGAGAAAGAACACACGGGUGCGGCUGGUCUUCCGCGUCCACAUCCCACAGCCCAACGGCCGGACGCUGUCACUGCAGGUGGCCUCCAACCCCAUCGAGUGCUCCCAGCGCUCGGCCCAGGAGCUGCCCCUCGUGGAGAAGCAGAGUGCGGCCAGCGGCCCCGUCCUUGGAGGGAAGAGGAUGGUCCUGUCUGGCCACAACUUUCUGCAGGACUCCAAGGUCAUUUUUGUGGAGAAAGCACCAGAUGGCCACCACAUCUGGGAGAUGGAGGCAAAAACCGAAGGAGACCUGUGCAAGCCGAACUCGCUGGUGGUGGAAAUCCCGCCUUUCCGCAACCAGAGGAUAACCAGCCCUGUGCAGGUCAACUUCUACGUCUGCAAUGGGAAGAGGAAGCGGAGCCAGUACCAGCACUUCACCUACCUGCCUGCCAAUGUUCCAAUCAUAAAAACGGAGCCCAGCGAUGAUUACGAGCCUGCCCUCACCUGUGGACCAAUGAGCCAGGGCCUGAGCCCGCUCCCCAAGCCUUGCUACGGCCAGCCGCUCGCCCUGCCACCCGACCCGGGCGCCUGCCUCAUGCCCGGCUUCCCGCCCCGUCCGCAGGGCAGCGCCAGCCCCGAGCUCCACGACCUCUCCUGCGCCCCUUACGGCUCGGCCACAGCCGGCCCUGGCCACGGCCCCCUCGGACUUCCGCGGCAAGUCGGCGGGGUCCUCGCCAGCCAGGAGGCGCUGAGACCCUCGGGCGUGCCUCCCGGGCCCCCCCAGCCACCGCCUCCCAGUCUGCUGCAGCCACAGUAAAUGAGAUAAUCCGCAAUGACCUCUCCAGCACCAACAUCCACUCGUAGUUGGCAGCGUGGACUCUCAGAGGCUACGUGGUGUCUGUCUGUUCCACGGUGAUGACUCUGAGUCAACAAAUUGAAUCCACACCUGGUACCACUGGGAGCUUCCGCCGCAGUGAAGGCUCAGGUCACUUGUGCAAAGUAGCCCAAGGAAGGAAGGACCGAUCCCUCUUCUGAAGGAAAGUCACCUCAAGAAGGAAAUGAAAGUGGGUGGGUGGGGGGAGCACGGAAGACAGACCUCGUGACACUGCCCUCGUGGCCUCGACCCGACAUGGCGGCCUGAACCCAAGCCGCGCCCUUCAGGCACGCUGGAUUUUUCAGUGGAAGUGCCUUAUUUCAGCAGACCGCAGCAGCUGGGCACUGUGGAAUCAAGCACUGACAUGGCUACCAGGAGGGCAUUUGUAGGAGCAGAAGCUAUAGGACGUUUCAUCAUGAGGCUUUAUCCUUUGUAUAACUUAUAAGAAUACUGGAGGACUGGGCAUUGUGAGGAAGCCCUACCAUGUUUCCUACUUUCCCACCUCUUCCUGGGCUGUGACAUACAAUUCUGUUGCCUUACUCAGUGCGCUUCAGAACUGCUCCAAAGUGUCAUCUCAGAUCUCGUGACUACCUUCCCUCCCCUGUGUUACUCAGACCAUAGGGUUGUUCAUUGUAGCAUGUUAGGAUUUUGUUUUUAAUCUGGCUUCAAACAUAGCACAGGUAAGUUGAAUAGCACAAGAUAGGUUACUGGACAAAAAGAGAAAUCUCUCUGUCUUGGGAUAGGUCUUGCAUUUGCAUGUGUGUACAUAUAUAGGCAUAUAUUUAUGGUGAACAUAACCGACAUGGUGACAUUCAGUCUCCACCCAGCAAGGGUGUCCGUGUCAGCAAUAAUCAGUAUCCGUUUUGGAAAAUACACCGGAGGCUCAAGAUCCAGCUCCCCAUAGCCACAUCCGUGGGGGCGACCCCCGGCCCCAGGAGGUCUGUGUCUCGGGUCUCCUGCAGUUAACCAAGCACUUUAGAACCAGGAGAGGUGCAUCCAUGAUAUCGGCUAUUACACCAAAUGGCAGAAUUGGAAAGGAACUGUAAAUAUUGUUACAGAAGGAGUGUAAUAUAUUUGUUCCACUGUAAGAUCAUUCUUUUCACAAAAGCCUUGUAACUGCUUCAUCUGAGGAAACCAUUACCAAAAACAGCGUUUUACUAUGUGGUGACUGUAGUGUUUCCAGACUAGUUACUGUUAACAUAGGUUAGUGUGAGCUUUACUACUGCAUUUUGUACCCAUAACAGCUUAUUACGCGUUAUUGCUAGCCGUGACCUGUUGUUUCACAUAACCAAAAAGCAUGGUUUAAUGAAAACACGUUUAACCUGAUAACUGUGCCUUAGGAACUCACGCCCCCUGCUGGAAUGUGGACGAAUUGCACCCUCGGGGGAGGUGACACAUCCUGUCACCAAACUCAAGUGUUUCAGUUGGGAAGGCGCUCUCCCACGGAAAGAAUUAUUUUUAAAAUGUUGUUCUGUACGACUAUGUCUUACUUGUUUUUUAAGUCACAGAAACGAAAUCCUGAAAGCCAUAUUUGUAACAUUUGCACAUUACUGUGAAGAGCUGACGGUAUAUGGCUUCCUGUACAUAGCGCCCCCCAACCCCGCCUGGAGCCCUGUCCUGCAUUUAGCCUCCUAGGAAUUGCAUGAGACGUUUCUCGGGAGACCGUCCUACAGAAAGGAGAUGUUUGAUACUGUGUUAGCUCUCUUUGUAGGUAGAAAAUAGAUCCAAUAAAGCAAUAUUUUUCUUUCUUUUUUUUUUGCUGGA